CAACAAUUAAAAGAAUUCAUCUAUAUAGUACAAAAUAACGUUUUGGAUAAGUACGUUUUACAAAUAUGCGAAUUACUUUGUCCGUUAUAUGUAGACAUCGAUCAAAAAUUACGCCGAGAAGCUAUAACUUUAACGCAUCAUUUAAUUAAAUUGGUUAAAAGUGUUGGAAUUGAGCCCCACAUAAACAGAAUUGUAUCAUAUUUAUGUUGCAUGAUGACUCAUCUUAACGAAAACGUCCAAGAAGACUCUUUACGACUGUUCGAUGUUUUAAUCCAAUCGAUUCCUGGAUUAUUAGCAACAAGAUGUGAUAAAAUCAUCCAAAAUUUUGUUUUAUUAAUUUCGAAAAUUAAAAUUAACGCGAAUGAUAAAUCAAUGUUGCAAACUACGAUUAAAAAUAAACGAACAAGUGUUGAAUGGCGUUUAAUGGUUUUAACAAGAUUUAACGAGUUUUUAGGGGUGAUUUUAACCAGGAAGAAACAAGAAAAUGUAAUCGAUAUAGUACCAAUUAAUAUUAUUAAAGUGGAAAGGCAAAGAAUUAGUGCUCCGAUUUAUUAUAAAAAGGAAGAAAUUGAUAUUUAUCGUGAUGAUAUCAAUGUUGAUGUUUGGUUGGAUGAUUGUGUUAAGGAUGUUUUGGUGUUAUUAAAAGGGAUUUGGUUGGAAGUUCAACCUAGUAAUAAGCAUUCCAUUCAAUCAGCGCAAUUAUUUUGUACUGUGAUUAAUAACGAGGUUUUAAACAUUUUGCAUUGCAUUUUGAGUAUAAUUAGUUCCUUUUAUGAGUUGAUGGUGAUUAAAACUCAAGAAAAUCAAGAGAUUAAAAUUCAAAACGAGAUAUUUUUAAAAACUUCCAAAGAAAUCGUAAACUUAAUCUUCGAAAGCUUUCCAUUUUCGAAACAAAAUAAUAGGAGUAUGAUCGAUUCGAAAUGUUUCGAUGAAAAUUUAACGCUUUGUUAUUUAUUUUUUGCAUUCUCCGGUAACGAUUACAACAAAAAAUUGGUCGAGCAAGCCUUAACUUAUUUAAACGUUUGUUUGGUGAAUAGAAAUUACGUUCCGCACGAAAAAUCGCAAUUUUUAUUGAAAGCAUUAAAACAAUUCUACGAGAAUAACCUCAAAGCUUGGAAAAAACACAAUCAGCAAGAUUUGAACGGUUUUGUUAAUAACACGGCGAAAUACUACAUUAAUAAUAACCUACAAGAAAACGGGGUGGAAAUUUUCAAAUUUUUAUGCGAAAAUAUCGAUUCGAUUGAGGGAAUUUUCUUUGAGGUGGUUCGAAAAGCUUGUAAAUCAUUGAUUGGUCCUAAAAUUGGUAUGGAGAUGUUUAAAUCAAUUAGAAUUUUGCUGUUGCGGAGAAUAAACGAAGUUGAAAUUGUUCUUUCUUUGUUAUUACCCGAGAUAUUAAAUAAUUUAAGUAGGAUUGAAUUUGAAGGGAUCGAACAUGCAAGUUUAAAAGAAGCCAGGAUUUUGAGUUUGUUUAAGAGCGUUCCAUUGAACGUCAAAAACCACCGGGUUUUAGAAGAAUUCAGUAAAUUAUCAGAAAACAAUAAGAAACUUGUUAAUAAUUUUUUUGAGAAUGAGUUAAAAUGUUAACAACAAUGAUUUUAUUGAUUAAAUUGUGUUUAUCUUGUAAGAAUAUAGUAAUAGCUACCAAAAACUUAUCUUUUAGGAUCAACAUGAUUUCAUUAAGUUAAGUAAAGUCGAAUUUGACUUGUUUAUAAAGGAAGGGAGUGUAUUUAUAACAAUUUCAAUACCCCUAUUGUUAUUAUUUUUAUUCUAUGUCCCAAAAAAUGUUCUUAUCUUUUUUACAAACGAAUUAUUUAAAUAAUCAUAUUUUGACAAGUUCAUUUUAGCGCCAUCUAAUUUUAUUUCGAUGAAUUUUGACAUUUAUCUAAUUCAUUAUUUUUAUUACAUAUUUAAAUUAUUGUUAAAUUUUGUUUUUUAACAAAUAUUAGUAACAUAUGUAAACAAGGGUUUUGUAUUUACUGUUUUGACAUUUGCGAUUACAGGAAACUGUAAAAUAUGUUGGUAAAUCAUCAUUAGGAUUAUUUCCUCUAAAGAAAUGGGUUACUUUUCGUUCUUGUGUCCAAAUUUAUGCAUGCAUAUCAUUAUACAAAAAUAAACUUGUAAUUAUUAUAUUUUGACUAUAAAAAAUAAAUAAAAAAAGAAAUACAAGUU